UGGUGCGCUAUGGAUUGCUGAGUAUUACGUCUCUAACCUCAAAUUGAAUAAAUAUAACCUGAAAUAACCGUCUUAUAAUAGUUAAUAAAAAAGACGAUUAUUGUUGAGAAUUAUCAUGUCACUUUGGCGAAGGGGACAGCAAUGGGGAACACUUGCUCGUAUCUGGCAUCUAUAUGAUGCAACAUGGCAAGAUCCAUAUAAAAGUGCAAAACUAAUAAGACAUUAUCUUAUGGGAAUGCAUAAACCAAUAUAUCAUCCAUUGAGUGAUUGUGGAGAUCAUGUAGUAGUAAUAAACAGCAAGGAAAUUGCACUGCGUGGAGACGAAUGGAGAAAACGUGUAUAUUUCCAUCAUAAUACAUAUCAUGGAGGUGCCAGUUGGACACUUGCAUGGGAGUUACAUAACAAGGAUCCAACUUUGAUUAUACAAAAGGCUGUGUACUCAGCAUUACCGAAAAACUUACAACGGAGGCAUACUAUGCAAAGACUACAUGUAAUCCCAGAUGACAAAAUACCCGAAGAUAUGUUGAAAAAUAUUAGCAAUCAAAUCAAACAGCAAAGGCCUGUCCCUGUCCGAUUAGAUCAUAUUCCACAGGAAGAAGUAGACAAAUUCCCACAAAUUUUACGAUAUCCUACUGAUUAUGUUCUCAAAUAACAGGAUUAAUGUAAAUAUUAUAACGAAUGUAUACAUAAUAGUACAUUUAAGCCCAAACUUUAAUUGUUAACUAAAUCAAAUUAUUUACAUAAUUAAAUAAAAAAUAUUUGUGUUUAUUCCAUAA